GGCCCCAUGCACGCUAUUUUUCUUGCAGAGAUGAAAUUCUACAUUUAAGACUAAAUAUAUACAUUUGUAUGCACAUAUAAAGUUAUUCCCAGCGUUUACCUGCUGUUUAACUCACCCUGAAGUUAGUUGGCAGCACUGUGAACAUGGCAGGUGUUAUCCGGAGGCUCGACGAGGCUGUUGUCAACCGGAUAGCAGCCGGAGAAGUUAUCCAGCGUCCUGCCAACGCCGUCAAAGAACUGAUUGAGAAUUGUUUGGAUGCCAAGUCCACCAACAUUCAGGUGACAGUGAAAGACGGCGGCCUGAAGUUCCUUCAGAUUCAGGACAACGGAACUGGCAUCAGGAGAGAAGAUAUGGAAAUAGUUUGUGAGAGGUUUACCACCAGCAAGCUGCAGACAUUUGAGGACCUCUCAGCUAUAGCCACCUAUGGAUUCAGAGGAGAGGCCCUUGCUAGUGUGAGCCAUGUUGCCCAUGUGACCAUAACAACAAAGACAGCUGACGCCAAGUGUGCCUACAGGGUGACACUCGCCCACUCGCCGNAAACGCCUGUUUGA